AUGGCCCAAAAACGAGGAUUCAGUAACAUCGAGGUUCAAAACCUUGAAUCGGAGCCUUCCGUGGCCGUGGGAGCAUUUUUCAAAGGUAUUCAAGUGCCAAAGAAAACGAAAUUCGAGCUUUAUCACUCAAAAAACGGUGCUGAUAGCUUUCUUAUCCAUGGAGAAAACGAUCGUGUCGAGUACUCCGGCAGUACCGACGUAAACUCUAACGAAAGCAGUCAGUACUUAGUGGGCAUUUACGAUCCUUCCAAAAGAACAAUACAGUUGCAUAAGGCGCCAGUUUUGGCCGCGAAAGUGGCGUCGAAGGCGAUCAAAGACCUGUCGGGGCCAGAAAUCAAGCAAAGUGAUCUUCGUAUAGGAGCGUUGAGAAACGCUUUGGGAGAAGCUUUCGGUACUAAAAAGGCCAAAAAAGCCAUUGCCGACAUCGAGCGCAACAGGAUCGACUCCGACAAAUUGGUCGAUUCGGCUGUGGACAUCAUGGACUCUGUGAAGACCGCAUCGAGGGACUUGCCUUCGAGAGAAGCCCUUCUACAAGUGUCCUCGCAAGACAGAACCACGCCCGAGGCCAACGUCGAUGCCACAGAUGUGGAGCAGAUUUACCCAAUUCACAACAUAAUACCGAAGAAGGAGUGGCAGCACAUUCGCGUGGGAGCGGUUCUAAAGGAAACGGACGAAGCCGGAAGACUCGAGCUUUUCCCUCACACCAAGUCGUCUUACGUUACUAAGAAACUAGCCACUUUGACCCAGGCGCAGCAAAUGACAAAGUUGCAACUCUUGUACUACCUCUCUUUGCUUCUGGGAGUCUUUGAAAACAAGCGUGUCAGUGAUAAAACCAAGCUAUUGGAGAAUCUAAAUGCGCCUCCAGAGGUGCUUGUGGAUGGUAUUCUCGAAAGAUUCACAAUCAGCAGACCGGGCCAGUAUGGGCGUUCUAAAGAUCGCGGGUUUUUCAUCGACCCUCAGAGAGAGGACAAACUACUGUGUUACAUCCUAGCCAUCAUUUUGCAUUUGGACAACUUUAUUGUUGAAAUUUCGCCCUUGGCGCAAGAACUUGGGCUCAAACCAUCAAAAAUCGUCAACCUUUUCAAAAAUCUCGGUGCAAUUGUGAAAGGUGCUACUGUUUCCCAAGCAGAGGCCUUUGGCAUACCUAAGAGCGCUGCUUCCACUUACAAGAUAGCUACGAUGAAGGUACCAUUUAAAGUCCCAGAAACUGGCAGGAGGGUCAGACGUGGUGGACGUUAG